AUGUCUCUACAAAAGGAACAAUACGAGAUCACAGAAAAGGCGCAACUUUCUGUGUCCGCACAAAGUUUAAGUUCAGAUUCAGAAAGCCUGUCACAUAACCCAUUUGAUGAUUUUAGUGAAGCGGAGCGCUGGAGAAAGGUUUAUGAAUCCAGUGGCUAUGAAGGUUUGUCUAAAUUCGACCCCGAGUUUACAUGGACUAAGGAUGAAGAAAGAAAGCUAAUAAGGAAAAUAGAUCUAAAGAUCUUCUUAUGGGUCUUUGUUAUGUUUUCCUUUUUGGAUUUGAUAAGGAAAAACAUUGCAAGGGCUGUCUCAGAUAAUUUCAUUGUUGAUUUGAACAUGAAUACCAACGACUACAAUCUUGGGCAGACCGUUUAUCUAGUUUUGUUUCUGGUAAGUGAACUGCCUGGCAACUUGCUCUCGAAGAGAUUUGGUCCAGAAAGAGUCAUCCCGAUACAAAUCGUCCUUUGGAGUGUAAUCUCCAUUACCCAGGCAGGUUUGAAAAAUCGGGCUCAGUUUAUUGCUACUAGAUGUUUAUUAGGAAUGGUGCAAGGCGGAUUCAUCCCAGAUAACAUCUUAUAUUUGUCAUAUUAUUAUACUGGAGCAGAGCUUACAUUUCGUUUAAGUUUCUUCUGGUGUGCCAUCCCUCUUUUCCAAAUUUUAGGUUCCCUCUUAGCUUCCGGAGUCAUCGAGAUGCGAGGAAUCCAUAACUUAGCUGGCUGGCAGUAUUUGUUUAUAAUUGAAGGAUUCUUGUCUCUUACUGUUGGUGUAGCGUCCUUUUAUCUAAUGCGCCGGGGUCCUACACAGACUGGUGAAUCAGCAUUUCACAAGGGGAAAUCGUAUUUCACUGGGCACGAGGAGAAAAUUAUGGUCAACCGGAUUCUGAGAGAUGACCCAUCAAAGGGUGAUAUGAGUAAUAGGCAACCGGUAACCUUUAGGGAAAUUUUGUACACCUUGACAGAAUUUGACUUAUGGCCAUUGUUUAUUCAAGGUAUCACAGGAUUUAUAUCUCUCCAAACCGUUAGCCCUUAUUUGUCAUUGAUAUUAAAAAGUUUAAAUUACUCUACAUUUCUCUCAAAUAUCCUGGCAAUUCCGGGUCAAGCUUUGCUGCUCAUUAAUCUGCCAUUAAUUGGAUUAUUAUCACGCAAAUUAAAGGAAAAAUCACUUUGUGUAGGGAUUGCCAACGUUUGGGUGCUUCCUUUCAUUGCUUCGUUAGUCGCCUUGCCAACCGAUACUAAUCCAUGGAUCAAAUAUGUACUACUAACCGGUAUACUUGGGGUCCCUUAUACACAUUCUAUUCUUGCGGGUUGGGUCUCUGAAAUUUCAAACUCGGUAAGAUCACGUACGGUGGGGACAGCAUUAUACAAUAUGAGUGCACAGGUUGGAUCAAUCAUUGCAUCUAACAUGUACAGGAAUGACGAUAAGCCCUAUUAUACCAAGGGUAACAAAGUACUUCUAGGAUUUACUUGCUUCAACAUUUGCAUGGCUGUCGCGACCAAAUUCUAUUAUAUCGGUAGGAAUAAAUACAAAGAACGUGUAUGGAAAUCAAUGACAAAAGAAGAGCAGAUCGACUAUUUGGAGACCACUAAUGAUAAGGGAAUGAAACGCCUUGAUUAUAGAUUUAUUCACUAG